AUGUCGAGAUGCCUCGAAGGACUCUUCCUGAAAGCACAACUUCACUCCUCUUACAUCUUUGCCAUGAAUUAUAAACCCUUUGGAAGUGGUGCUUUCUACCAGCAGAAGAAGGACAUGCUGGAGAGUUUUGUUUCCUGCACAUCACCGAGGAGAAGCUCGUUGUGGGACGCUUUUCGAGAGAAGAUUGCCUAUGACUUAGGCAGGGAGCUGUCCGGUGACGAGCAUGAGAUUGAACAUAUGCUUGCAGAUGUCGGCUUGGUGAAGUCAUCCAGAUGGUUCAGCUGGAACCAGCUAUGUUGUGAGCAACUUCACCGCUCCGGCCUGUUGUCGCUUCCAAGCCCGCUCUUGCAGAAGAUUCUGUGCCUGCUGGCCAGGAGCAGGGCGAAGGUGAAGCAUUGCUCCCUGAGAAGAGUGUGUGGCAUCAGAUGGUUUUGGGGCGGACGAUGGCCACUCAGCGAGGAACGGAGACUUUGUUUACUGCGGCUACGAUUUGAAGCCCGCGCUGGCUCCGGCGCCCCGACUUGUUGGCCUCUGUUGCACCGUGCUCCAAUGAGAGGAGUGACACGGCAGUUUCCUCAUUGGUGCGUGCCAGUGGACCUGUGGUUCCGGCGGCCGGCUCGAUUUGCUUGGCAUGGCUUCAAAUUCCGCUACUCUGCUGUUUGCAGAGCUGGCCGCAAGCCGAGGCAGGAUCCCACUGUAGGCUGUGCAUCAAGUUUGACACCGAUAUAUGGAGAGUGUGCUGAUGCUGUAGCUCGGGCCCGUUUGGAUCCGCUUGGUUCCGUUUUUGGGCAUCCCGCGACGUUGCAUUCCAGGUACUGCGCUUUGGCAGACCCACUCAGGAAGUCCCGGAACGUGCUGCUCGAUGUCGAGGGGAUUGACCUGGAGCAGGGUGACCGCCCCUUCCGAGCCCAUAAGUCCCGCGCCGGGUUGGUACUGUGCAUUGUGAGCCUUGAGCUGUUGGGCAGUCAGAUUGUCGUUCUGUUUCCUAGGUCUUGGCAGUACGGCCUCAAGAUAAGGAGGUACGACCAUUACUGUAAGUGGGUAAAUAACGUAAUCGGGUGA